AUGGAGCUGAGGAGCCCAGGUGAGGUGAAGCAGGCAGGGGCGACACCUGCUGAAGGAUUAAUGGUGUCGGGGGAAGCCAAGGGAAGCCCCAUGCUCCAGCUUGACAUCUCUGCUUUUGGGGAUGGACGCUUGAGAGGUGGUGGUAUACCUCCACAGCUCUUCCUGCUGUCUCCCGACUUUGGCCUAUCCCGGCUCCCACUAAUGACCACGCAGGCUCCCCGGGGACAACAGCUGCUGCCAUCCCCCGCUCCUCCAAAGGCUUUGAAGGGGACAUGGCAGCUCGGGCAGGGGCUGGCUGAGCUGCUGCCUAUAGCAGGGACAGGACAGACAGGCGUGCGGUGCCAGCGUGGUGCCUAA